AUGAAGACACCUCUGAGAAUAGCUAUCCUCGAAUGCGACACGCCGCCAGCCGCGGUCGUCGAGAAGUACGGUAGAUAUGAUCGUAUCUUCACCACGUUAUUGGAAACCGCAGCCACGGAACUGGGCUUAUCGCCAAAGCAAGAUCUUGAAUUGAGCGCAUUUGAUGUGGUCACAGCGCAGGAAUAUCCAGACUUGGAAAAUGUAGAUGCCGUACUGAUCUCGGGCUCGAAACACAACUCCUUCGAUAACGACCCGUGGAUACUGAAGCUGGUCGAGUUCACGGAGAGACUGUUGAAGCAAGAUCGGAUUCGCAUCAUCGGUGUUUGCUUUGGUCACCAAAUUCUUGGAAGAGCUGCAGGGGUCAAAGUUGGACGCAGCGACGACGGAUGGGAAAUCUCAGUGCUGCCAGUACAACUCACCGCAAAAGGCAAAGAGAUCUUCCAACAAGAUACGUUGGCAAUCCACCAAAUGCAUAAAGACAUUGUCUUCGAGUAUCCGGAAGGCGUGGAAAAACUGGGAGGAUCACCACGGUGUCUGGUGCAGGGCAUGUACAAAAAGGGCAAGCUCAUCUCUGUGCAAGGACAUCCUGAGUUCACCGAGCCUAUCGUAAGCUACUUGGUCAAGAUGAGGGCGGAGCAGGGUAUUUUUGAAGACGAGCAGGCAAAGGAUGCACUGGCGAGGGUCGGGAAUCACCAUGACGGAGUAGUCAUUGCCAAAGCGUUCUUGAGAUUCUUACUUGAGGAUUAG